CGCAAUGCUAGUUCUCAGGUUGCUCAAUGUUGUCGCUCCAGCCUACUUCUUGUGCAUCUCCCUAGUGACCUUCGUUCUCCAGAUCUUUCUCUUCAUACCCAGCAUGUUCAGAGACCCUUCCAUCACCCCACUUUUCUCUCCUGCUCUGCUGCAUGGGGCCCUCUUCCUCUUCCUCUCAGCUAAUGCCCUGGGCAACUACGUUCUUGUGAUCCAGAACUCCCCAGAGGACUUGGGGAAGGGCUUAAACUUGGGCAAAGGAGCCGAACUGGUGACAGACUGGCUGGAUGGAAGCAGGUCCCCUGGCUCAGCCUUGCCCAGCACUCACUUCUGUAGACUGUGUGCCAGAGUCACCCAGAGGCAUGACCACCACUGUUUCUUCACAGGGAACUGCAUUGGGAGCAGAAACAUGCGAAACUUCAUCAUGUUCUGCCUCUACACCUCCCUGGCUUGCAUCCACUCCCUGGUGGCAGGCAUGACUUACAUUUCUGCUGCACUCUCCAUGUCCUUUGCAAAUCCACUGGCCUUCCUUACUCUUCUGCCUCACUCCAUCAGCCAGUUCUUCUCAGGAGCUCUGCUUAGCUCUGAGAUGUUUGUCAUUCUCAUGCUCUACCUCUGGCUUGGGAUCGGACUGGCCUGUGCUGGUUUCUGCUGCCACCAGCUGCUGCUGAUCCUGCGUGGGCAGACGCGGUACCAAGUGCGGAAAGGGAUGGUGGUAAGAGCCCGGCCCUGGAGGGAGAACCUGCAAGAGGUCUUUGGCAAGAGGUGGCUGCUAGGACUUCUCAUCCCUGUGCUGAACGUGGGAAGUGACUACCGUAGGCAGAAAGAGAAAUAAAAUCCCCAGGCAUGUGUGCACAUCCCAUGUGCACAACACCUCCCCUGUUCUCUCCCACUGUCUCCUGGAUCACUAAAGAGCUAGGCUACUCCAUCUCUCAGAACUGCAGCCUCUGUGGGAGGAAAGGACUGGCUAUCAAACAGAGUAAAUUUAGCAUAUUAACAAGGAGAUCAAAAAAACAUGUAGAUGAAGAGAUACUGCAGCUUAGUAGUCACAUCACUGCACCUAUGUAUGUGGCAACAGUUUGAACUAGCAGAAAAAUUAGUCAGACCCUCCCCUGGCUUCCUGCCUGACUCUUCCAGCCUCCAGCCCCAUUAUCCACCCUGUAUAGUCCCUAACAAACUACAACAGGAUCAUUCAGAGAGCCUGGGCUGUUGUGGUAGACUGCAAAAAGGGUGUGUGUUCCUUGGGAGGGUUUUGCAGGGUGCCUUUUUGGCUCCUGGAGGUAACUUCUACUGAGAAGCCUUCAGUGGUAGAACUGCAAUGAAAUCAAGCUGCCCUAGGAGCAUGGCUAGUGUGGCAGGCAAACCUUCUCUCCACAGGCUAAGAAAUCAAGAAGAAAACAAAGACAAAUUCAGAAUCUUCAUUUCUGUUCUUGGUCUAUGCUCUAUGCAAUGAUAUGUCAGGACUGCAGCUCUGCUACUUGUUUUUAGCAGUCCUUUGCCAAAUGACACAGUCGAGGCAAAGCUGCCCUUCUGACAAGGAGCAGCAAACAGAUAAGUCAUGAUAAGAAAGAAGCACAAGCCGAGGAAACCAUAAAGGUGAAUGAAAAGGCUGUGCUUGAGAAGCUGUGUGGCAAGGUAGGCUAUGCAUGCCUGUGAGAGAGGGAGAGGGAAGUGUAGACAUGCUGUCAGGAGGGUGCCAAGAGCCCUGCUGAUGUGUCUGAGCCCUGCUGCAUCACGUUCGUGCAGGGGCACCUGCACCACUAGUGCUGGGAAGAGUUCAAAAUCCCAAAAGACAGGGACACUUUCCAGCAUGUCAGGAUGCUUCACUCUGCACUAAAAUAACAAAAGUGUUGUUUGCCUUGGACGUCCCUGCCACAGCAGUUACAGGCUCUCUAGGGCAAUUCCUUCUUGCAUUGCCAUAGAGGGGUAAAUUCGUCUAUGUUAUAACUCCAUUCAGGAGGUUAAUGGAAUUACUACAGGGAUUAAUCAGCCUAAUGUGUCAGUCGUUUUCUAGCUGUGGCAACAACCCGUGAGAUCAGUGCUGAGAUCUUAUGCUAAUAGGUGCCUUAAGAAAGGAUACCAUGACAUCUCUACCAGGAUCACAGUGCUGGAUUCCCUAGCAGCUGAAACAAGAAGCCUCCAUCUGGGGAAACUGCAGCAGCUUAUGCAAGCUGCAUAGGAAUCCAUUGCUUCUUUUUAGUAGGCUGGGGAGUAUGCUGACAAGCCAUGAAAAAUACCAUUUCUUCCUCACAAAAAUGCUUUCAGUUCAUGCCAGGUAGGGGAAUGCACCUGCUUUCAUCUUCACAUUUCCCACCAGUCAGAACAGAGGCACUCAUUCCUACAGGCUUUGAAACCAUCUUACACUACUUCACACUUGUAUACAUUUAGAUCAAUAACAAACAAAGUCUAUUGUGAUGAGCAGAUUAACCAUGAAAACAUACUGGAAGACGUUUUGGCUGGAUAAUCAAAACUUGUAGGAUAGAUGUCCUUCCCCAGCACGUGUGUUCACAUGAAUGCACUGCUGUUCCCACAUGCAACAUGCUGAAUUUUCCCCAGCAGUGAACAAUAAAAAGUGGCCUGUUUUUUCAAAUGGGCUGCACUGUGCUUUUUGGCAGUUCAUUUUCUGUCUCUUUACAUUUUUUGUACGGUGUACAUGCAGACAUACUGAAGGAAAAAGCUAGGAUUUGUUUAUUGGAAUUGCCAGCACUUAUAUGAUAGCAGAGAAGUCCUUUUACUUUCCCUACGUAAAUGUAAUGGCCAAUCUAAAAAUGCCUCUAAUAACCAACUUGAAGACCCAUUCUCAUUUCUAUUUAUAAGCAACACUAUCAACCUCAACUGAAAGCUGCAGGAAAAUUAAGCCAUUAUCAUCGCCUGCAAACAGCAUCUUCACUUAAAUUGUUCCUUACUGGCAUGAUGGCAUCAAGGUGAGCAGACAGUCACCUUGUUGCUGGAACAGAAGCCAGUGCCUUGUGCCAUACAUUUUGCUUUGGAAGGAUUCCCAGGAUUAUUUUUAUUUCACAAACUGGUUGCUCCAGCUUCUUUUUCCUAUAUUUCUGAAGUUAACAGGCUUCCAGCAUUUCACCCAGCAUCCUCCUCACAUAGCAGAAAUUAGAGUUUUACACCUUUGCCCUCUGCUUUUGGCACUUUGAUUGACACUGCAGUCUCAGGCAGCUCGUGGCACUCGAUGUGUGCUGCCACACUGCCUUAGACUGUGAGCUCUUUAAGGCCAGAUACUGAGAAGGGCAUAACCAACUCCAUUUCAGUGAGACAUUCUGCAAGAACAGCCCCCAUGCAGCACAGUAAAAUAGCUGUCCAUGAAGCCUGUUGCCUCUUCACACCAGGGCUGGAUCAAGUCUGACCCUUCUGUCAUGGGGUCGCAGCUGUUUGCCCUCACUGCAAAGCCUCAGUCCUUGCUGGGGCACAGAGAGAGAACAACUGCAGCAGAGUUCCACACAAUUAUUCUUUCUGUCAGAUACCUGUGUUCCCAGCUGUAAAUUGCUGCAUUGCCAUUUUCUGCAGCUAAAUGGGUCCUUUGCAAUAAACCACUGGAUUUCAGCAGCAGCAGUGUGACUUUUGGGUGGAUGCCCCCUUUGCAGUCAUGAUCCUCCAGGAUGAAAAGUGCUAUAAAAACAUUAAAAAUAGACUCACCCUGUAUAUUGACUUACUUCACUGUUCAUUCCCAAGUGUGUAGACUGUCCUGUUUGGGGUAGAGUAGUGGUUCUGCAGGAAUAGUUGAGAGUGGCUCUUUAAUUAUCCAUCUGUCCUAGCAUCCCUUCCUUGGUGUAUCUGUGCAUCCACUUAUAGAAAUCCUUGGCAAGAAAAUGUAACAGGGCUCAACAACUGUGAACAGACACUUUGCUCUUGGUUAUGAUUUGGUAAAUGAAGGCUGAGCUCAACAGCAGUGUCACAAAUCUUUCCAAUGGUUCUGCAAGUAUUUUAAGGAUAAAUAAUAAAACCUGGUCAUUUUCUGUGCUUACAGAGUCUUUACUUAUUGUUUGGAUUUUAUUAAAGAGCAGCUGCAACAGUAAAUCUAUUUUGGAACCAGAUUUAUUGUGGCAGUGCCUAAAUACUUAGAAAUGUUUUACAAAUGCAACACUCAGGGCCACUCUGGCUUUGGUAAAUCAGAUGAGCAUCAUAGUGCUAGUGGCUGAAGUAAAAGUUCCCUGUUGCUGAAGACAUUGCACAGAGACCAUAAACUUUUGCUUGGUGACUUGUCUAUUUUGAGUGUGGCUACCUGAAUAAAUGGUGGCAUCACUAGGGUCUCAGAAGUCUUGACAAUGUAUUGCAGCUUAACCUCAACUGGCACCACUUAGCCGCUCGCUUGCUCUCUCCCUGCUCCCAUGCUGAUGGGAUGGGUAGGAGAACUGGGGGAAAAAAAGCAAAACUUCUGGGUUGAGAUAAGAACACUUUCAUAAUUGUUAUAAAAUACAUAAUUAGUAAAAAAAUAAUUGUAAUAAUAAUUAAUAACAGUAAUUAAAAUGAAGGUAACAAAAUGAGUAAUAAAACCCAAGCAAAGAUAAA